AUAAACUUGCGAGGGUUGGAUGGCAUUCAAGGCCCUGUUUAUGUUGGUACUGGAUGUGUCUUCAAUAGAACGGCUUUAUAUGGUUAUGAGCCUCCUAUUAAACCCAAGCAUAAAAAGCCUGGAUUUGUUUCUUCGCUUUGCGGUGGAGAUAGAAAGAAGAGCUCGAAAUCUAGCAAUAAGAGCUCUAAAAAGAAGAAAUCUAGCAAGAAUGUUGAUCCAACUGUGCCCAUCUUUAGCCUAGAGGAUAUAGAAGAAGGGGUGGAAGGUGCUGGAUUUGACGAUGAGAAAACACUACUCAUGUCACAAAUGAGCCUUGAGAAAAGGUUUGGUCAGUCUGCUGUUUUUGUUGCCUCUACACUUAUGGAAAAUGGCGGUGUUCCUCAAUCUGCAACUCCAGAAACUCUCCUCAAGGAGGCAAUUCAUGUUAUCAGUUGUGGUUAUGAAGAUAAAUCAGAAUGGGGUAGUGAGAUUGGAUGGAUCUAUGGUUCUGUCACAGAAGAUAUUCUUACUGGAUUUAAGAU